GAGUCAAACAGAAAGUGGGAGUAAGGCAGUAGGCUGGAGUAGUGCUUCAUUAUCUUCUUCUGUUCUUGUAUUAAAUAGACAGACGUUCAGUUCUUUCAGUGACAUCAGGCAUGAGUCAUUUUAAUACAGUACAUUGCCGCUGGUUUGAUAAGUUUUCAGGAGCAGCAUAAGAGUUUGAUCUGCCUGACUGAACCUACCACUCCUUAUACAAAGGAUCUUCUGUCUGUCUGCACGGCUGCAGGUAGAUCACCGCUCUCAGUUGGUGGAGGUGAAGCGGAAGCGACAUGGUUGUUCAGGAAUCAGCCCACUGGACGUUUCCCUUUUUGAACCAAACAACGGCGCUCUAGGGCUAAAAGACGUUUCAAUGAAAAGCUGUAAACCCAUUCAACAUUCAAGUAGUGAUUGUUUGUUGAAUUUGAGAUGAGCCCAAGCUGAUGCCAUCCCAGUGCCUUUCUGCCCCUCCUAGUGCCUGUGUGGUGGCAGGUAGAGAUGGCAGCGUGUCCGGAUGUACUGCCCAUACCGAGACUUGUGGUUGGGGGUGUAAUGCUGCUGCUACUCAACAGUAAUGCAGUGUGGGGAAAUUACACCCUGUUUAGAUCUGAAACACGCUCAAAUGGGACCAAUAAUGGGCCCAACAUUGCAGCCAUUGUAGCCCCGACUGUGACCCUGGGACUUCUUGCCAUAGUGCUGGGUGUAGUGGGAUGGCUGUUCUGUGUGGUGAAGAAGAAGAGGCAGACUGAAGGUACUUACAGGCCCAGUGCAGAGGAGCAGUCUGGGGCCAAAAGUGUUGUGACUCCAGAUGCACUGAAGCUACCCAAAGAGGAGAGACUCAUUUGACAUUUCAUAGGACAAUCUUUAAAGGACACGACAGGUUGAAGUUCUCCUGAAAGACUCCAAAGGUGGUUCUACAAAGUGCCUUUUUGAGCCAACUGAAGAAGAGGUAUUCUUGUUCCCCCUCAUUUCAACUUCCAAUGACAAUUUCAUGUGUGUACUAAACGUACUUGGACUUAUAAACAACAAGCAAGUGGAAUGAAGACCUUUUUGGUACAAAUUAACACAUUUCAGUAUUUUAUUAGCUAAACGUGAUUUCUUCUUUCUCUCUGUUUACCAUGUUCCUGCACCUGUUUCUCAGCGUUAAGGACUUCUGCUGUAUAAUUACCUCACUUUCUUGAAUAAUUUACUACUGAGUCUAAUGCAUCUUAUGAUGUAAAACGUUGAUUGUAGAUAUGGACUUCAUUUAAAAUGAGGCCACACUGAAUAAUAGAAGACAAGCAAUUGUUUACACUUCAAGUAUUGUCUCCAAACAUUUCUAUUUGAUAAAGUUAUUUAUCUGAUUAGCACUGCAGUGCCUAUGCCUUAUCUAAUCAAGUAAAAUUGUACUUCUAUGUAAAAUUUAUUUAUGCUUUAUUUGAAAUAAACAGACAUAAUAAUAUUUUUAA